AUGGCGGGCGGCAACCAGGAAACGGCGGCGUCAGCUGACGGCUCCGCCGGGAAACGGCCGCCGCUGGACGGGCAUCCCUCCUCCUCUUCCCUCCCCACCGGCACCACGGCAGCGGCGCUCCACCCCUCCGAGCUCGGCCUCCUCCUGCCCUCGCCUCCCGGGUCACCCCCCGGGAGCAGCCCGUCAGGUGCGCCUCAGGCCCUGCGGCUGAGUGCGCUGCUUCUCGUGUUAAAGCGCUGCCGUGCAAGGCUACGGAGCUUCCUUCAGGACCGAGGAGUGAUCUGGCUGAAGAUGGCAGCUGCAAGUGUAGUCACUCAUCCUGGUAAGUGUAGCCUGGAUUACUACAGGAAUAACAGCAUGGUGCUGUCCCUGUGUGAAAAGCAAGUGAACAGCACAGACUUCAUGUGCGACAUGAGGCAGGUCAGGCAGUUUGCUCAAGCCUUCCUGCCAGUGUUUUUCUGGCUCAUCUUUGCUGUGGGCACAGUGGGGAACACCUUGGUCGUGCUUGUCUAUUGCAAAUAUCACUUCAGGAGGAGCAUGAUGGAUCAGUACCUGCUGCACCUGGCCAUCGCUGACCUCCUGCUCCUUUUCACCUUCCCCUUCUGGGCCCAGGCUGCUUCCAAUGGAUGGAUCUUUAAGGACUUCAUGUGCAAAGUUGUCAACAGCAUGUAUAAGAUCAACUUCUAUGGCUGCAGCUUGCUACUAACCUGCAUCAGCUUUGACAGGUACAUCACUAUAGUCCAAGCGAUGAAAGCUAAAACUUGUAAGCAAAGAUGGCUCCUGCGCAGCAGGCUCAUGUGCCUGGCUGUCUGGCUGACAUCUGUGAGCCUGUGCAUCCCAGAAAUCAUUUACAGCCAGAGCACACAGGUGGGUGAUGUAACAGUUUGCAAAAUUAUGUACCCACCAAAUGUUGGUGUGAUCUUCAGAGUUACGGUCCUGGCCUUGAAAGUCAUCAUAGGAUUCUUCCUCCCUCUCUUUGUCAUGGUGAUUUGUUACGCCCUCAUCAUCAAAACCCUCCUACAAGCCAAAAGAUUCCAAAAGCAGAAGUCACUGAAGAUUAUCACCUUGAUCAUCACUGCUUUCCUCCUUUCUCAGUUCCCAUACAAUAUUUUUUUGCUGGUCAAAGCCAUCAACACUUACACUGGGGUGGUGCACAGUUGUCAGGCUGCCAACCAGCUGGACAUUGGACUGCAGGUCACCCAGAUCAUCGCCUUCCUCCACAGCUGCCUCAACCCCUUCCUCUAUGUCUUUGCUGGCGAGCGGUUCAGGAUGGCGCUGGGCAGGAUGAUGCAAAGCUGUGGAUGCUGCUGGAGCGGGGGCCAGGAGCACUCCUCUGCCUGUGACAGCCAGGAGCACAGCUCAAACUGGUCCUUUGCCAUGCUGGGGAGGCGGCGGGUCAGGAACUCCCUGAUCCUCAACACUCACUGGACCUCCUCUGUUAUGUCUCCUCCUUCCAAAGUCAUCCUGUAA